AUCAAGAUAAUGAACUCAUUCUUUCUGCAAAAAUGUGGAUGCUUUAUAAGAAAUUACUCUCUUCAAAGAAAACUAAUGAAAAUAGAGACAGAUUAGUUAUGAAAAUUGAAAAAAUUUCAAGCAAUAAAUAG